CAAGCACUGCACGUUACCGGCCGUUCCGGUUGCUUUAUCUCAUUACAGAAAUCUGUCAGUAUAAAAGUCUCUCCCCUCUUUUCUCUAUCCACUUCAUUCUCGUCGUCAUCACCGGACUCCGUUGUUGUCCCCGUCGCCGUCGCCGAUCUUCUUGUCUUCCCUAUAAAACUUUGAACCCUGAUAGAUGGCUGAUAAUAAUGAGGGAAAGGAAACUCCAACCCGUGGAAAUGAAUGGGAAGUUGUGUCGCUCACAGCAUCAGCAUAUGCCGCUGCUCCUGGUCCGGAACAGGUUGAAUUGAAUGAUAAUGACAAGGGAAAUGCACCUGAGGAGGAUGAAGCUGAAACUUCACGUGUAAUGUUUAUGUCUGGUCACUUUGUCUUUCCACCUAGUCAGCAUGAGAAUUUGCCGGUGGAACCUGAAAAUAUUGAGAUCCAUAAUGUACAGGGAAUUGAUGAUAAUGUUCCUGAAUUGGGUGCUGAUGAAGGAGGUAGAUCAGAUACAAAAGAUGAAGAGAACUGGAGCAUUAAAGGAUUGGCCGUGCCAGAUGAAUUUCCUGGGAUUCAGUGUUUUGAUGAAAAGGAUAACAGGCUAUCCAUCCAUGGAACCAAGUUCGACGAAGGGACAACUUUGCAAGGGCUAGAUUUUAUUGAGAAUGAGCAGAGUCUGCACAGUGCUUCUAAAUUUAGUUCCUUCCACAGUGAAACAACCAUGGGUGGAUCAACCACAUAUUUUGAUGACGCAGUCAUUCCUGGACAAAUUGAGCCCUCUGAGGGAGACCUAGAUUCGGACAUCUCACAAUUGCCAAAGCCUGAGAAGGAAGAUGAGUAUGACAGCUCUGCACUGCCUUGUGAAGCUUGGUGGAAGAGGCGAGCUGCUUCUUUGUAUGCUCAUGCAAAAGAGACAAAUGCAUUUUGGUCUAUUUUUAUUGCUGCUGCAGUAAUGGGCCUUGUAAUUAUUGGUCAGCGUUGGCAGCAAGAAAGGUGGCAGGUUUUGCAGCUUAAGUGGCAGUUCAACAUCAGUGAUGAGAUGGGCAGGAUGCUGGGUCCCAUAUCUCGUUUCAAAGAUGUGAUUGUGGGUGGAAGCAGGCGGGGUUCCUCUAUCCGGGGAACCUCCUCAAGCCAGCGUUAAGAUGCUUCUCAACCCCAGCAUUAAGGUGAUGAUGACGAAAAUAUGAGAGGCAGAGUGACUGAGAUAGAGAGAGACAGGUGUAUAAUUUGGUGGGUUUGCUUUGUGAUUCACCUACUGUUCUCAUGAUGAGAAGCUACAGGGUUACAGUGUGUUAAUAUUUGGUUAUUGUUAAUGAUGCUAGUAUUGUUUUGGUUAUGGGAUAUAUGCUAGCUUGUUGAAAGAUUGGGAAGUGGAUAUUACAUUUUGAUUCUUGUAUUACCAAUGCGACUUUCCCUAAAUGGCCAAAAGGGAAACGCCGGCUAAGGUGCUGUCGCUUUGGAUUCCCUUGCCUGCCCCCUUUCGGACCGACCUUUUACAUUAAUUUCAAAUUAUGAUGACGUGUUAGCAUUAGGACAUAGAAGGGGGGACAGAUGAUCUGUGAUCGGAAGCAGGUGUGGUCAGUGUCGUUUAACCGACAUAUUAACUAAUCGAUUACUAUAAAUUGGAUUA